AUGAAAAGAAAUAGAUUCAACUGCAGUUCCAAAUUACUUACUUCCGAUGUUUAUGUUUAUGAUAUUACAAAACUAUUUAUUAUUCAAAACUCGUUGGUUUCACAUAAAUUAAAGCUCACAGCUUGUAAGCUUUCUUACAUUACAACAAUAUUAUUUAGUAUUAAAGGAAAGGAGAAGGGAAUGCAAAACAAUUUAAUCCUGAUUUCUUGA